UUUUUUUUUAGAGGCCAUGACUGAUAAUAUCUUGACCAAACAUGCCCAACUCAAUGCAGGUGUCAUGCCAGCAUCUGCCGAAGAACUUGCACAAAAACAUCAAACUCUUUUUCAGGAAUAUUCUCGACUCAAGGCUCAGCAUACAGUACUCAAAAGGGCUGUCAAAAAGGAAAGAACUGAAAACGCCUCUUUACAAGGAGAUGCCAAGGAAAAGGAAAAGGAAUUACGAAAGUUACAAGGACAAUUAGAUCUUUUGGCAUUUCACAAUGAACGACUUUCAAAACGAAUAGAAGCUGUACAAGAACUUGAUACCAAAGGAUCACACUUUUCAUUAUUAGGUGGUGCCAUCAAGAAAGAACUAGAAAAAAGUACUCAGGCUUUAGAGGCUGCCAAUUUGGACCUUGCGAAGAAAAUCGAAGAAAACGAGGAACUACGAUCCGAAUUAUCCGACAUCCAUCAUAUUUAUACUGACAAUCUCAAUAGACUUUGCGCUCAAAUCGACAAUCUACAGAAACGAAUUGAAGAAUUACAAGAUGAACGCGCUUUAUUGCAGUCUGAAACAUCUAGUCAAUCAUCCUCGUUGGUUAAGGAAAGGGCAAACUUGGAAAGUGAAAUCGUACGCUUGCAAGAAGAAUUAUCAACGAAAACAAAGUUAUUGGAUGAGUAUCAACAACAAGAUAAUCAAGAAGACAAGAACUUGGAAUAUGAACAGACUAUUACAGACUUGAGGACACAGCUCGCAGAUCUCUCAUCAAGCACGAAUGAUCAAAUCGAAAAACUGGAAAUAAGAAUCAAAGAUUUGCAAGACACCAUAACACAACUUAAAUCUAGUCAAGCCGAUAAAGAAUCAGCAGCAGAACAACGCAUUAAACAAUUGGAACAUGAUAUCGAGGCAGCUGAAUCUACUGCCAAUCAGCUUAGAACACAACACACUGAUCAAUCGACGUCUACAGAACAACAAAUUCAGAAACUGGAGAACGAAAUAAAAGAUUUACAACAAGCGAAUUCUCUUUUGAAGCAAGCAAACACUGAUUUGGAAUUUCAAAAGAAUGCUCUUGUUAAGGAUAAUGCUACAUUACGGAUAGAUACUUCAGCUACAGUGGAGAAACUUACUGGAGAAGUGCAACAAAAGGAACAAGUUUUGAAUACGAUGGAAGAAAAAAUUGCCCAUUUGGAAACUCAAUUGGAAGAACAGCAACAACAAUUAUCGGAUCUUCGUGUACAAGUGGUGUCUUACGAAAAAUCUCUUGAAGAACAACAGCAAUUAAAAGAAAAAGCGAAUGAUCGUAUCAACCAACGACAAAGUGAUAUCCACAACAAUAUCGUUGAAGAAGAUGAGGAAGAAGAAGAAGAAGAAGAAGACGAUGAUCAACCAUUUGUUUACCCAGUACCAAAAGACAUAGGAGCAGCAGAAAAAGAUGGUACUCAAUCCAACAAUAAUGAUGAACGUUCUGUUGAUCCAACAAGCAACAUUAGCGACGAAUCCAAACAACAAGCGUCUCAGAUUGGCAUAUCUUCCAAUGAAGAUAACAAUGGUGACCGUGAUGACAACAAUGACAACAAUUAUGAUGAAUCAAAAGUAGCGGCUAUGAUCCAAGAACGGGAGGACAAGAUGAAGCAAUAUUAUGAAUCAAAGUUGAAUCAAUUAACUGAAAAGUUGCAAACUGCCGAUAGCAAAGCAUGUCGAUUUGCAAACCUUGUGGAAUCUUUGAAAGAUAAACUGACCAAACAAGAUGAAGAAAAACGAUCAUUACACAAUGAAAUCCAAAGAUUGAAAGAUGAAGUUAUCAAAGGAAAGGAAUCACUGUCUACUACCGAAUCCAAAUACCAAGAACAGCUGGACAUGCUUACCGAAUAUACCACCUCUCUACAGAUGGAAGUUGCCAAAGCACAAUCAACCCCUGUGUGAUAGAUCGAUUACUAUUUUAGUAUAUCAUUUUCUCUUCUUUUGUAUUUUUCAUAACAUCAUUGACCUUAUCUAUUUUAUUAUUGUUAUUAUUGGAGAAAUUAAUAAAUACAGUGUUUUCAAAGUUUUUUGUCGGGUCACAAGAAAAUGCUGAUGUUAUAAAAUAAAAAAUCGUACUUUC